CUUUUUAUGGUCAAUGUUUAGUCAUUUAUUUAAAUUUAAUUAGUAGUAACAAAACUCUGUUUUUUUGUUCAUUAGUGGCAACCGAAUUCAUCUAAUUAGGGUUUUGAAUCAACAAUCUAAUCUUCGAUCUUGAGCUCUAUUUCCGGGUUUAUACAUUUCCUUCAAUUCAAAACCUUUUCUUUCAUUGACAAAUGAUUUGAACCAAAAAAGUUGUUUCCUUUGCCAAAAUCUGAAGCGCCAUGACUGAAGUUCUUCACUUUCCUUCAUCUCCAAGCGCUUCUCAUUCAUCUUCUUCUUCUUCUUCUUCUCCUUCACCUUCUUCUUUAUCUUACGCCUCUCGCUCUAAUGCGACUCUCUUGAUUAGCUCUGACCACAACCGGAGAAACCCAGUUGCUAGAUUCGAUCAAGAUGUUGACUUUCAUGCCUCAAUCGAAGAACAAGAUUUGAGAAGACGGAGCAGUACCGAUGGAGGAGAAGAAGACGAUGGUGGGGAAGAUCAGAUUUCGUUGUUGGCUCUUCUUGUUGCCAUUUUCAGGAGAUCUUUGAUUUCUUGCAAGAGUAACCGGAGGGAGCUUUGUAGCAUGGAGAUUGGAUGGCCUACCAAUGUCAGACACGUGGCGCACGUUACCUUUGAUCGUUUCAAUGGCUUCUUGGGUUUGCCUGUUGAAUUCGAGCCUGAAGUUCCUAGAAGAGCUCCAAGCGCCAGUGCAACAGUCUUUGGGGUAUCAACCGAAUCAAUGCAAUUAUCGUAUGAUUCAAGAGGCAAUUGUGUACCAACCAUACUAUUGCUGAUGCAAAACUGUUUAUAUAGUCAAGGAGGCUUGCAGGCAGAGGGCAUUUUUAGACUCACUGCUGAGAAUAGUGAGGAAGAGGCGGUUAGGGAACAAUUAAACCGAGGAUUUAUACCUGAGCGAAUCGAUGUUCACUGUUUGGCAGGGCUUAUCAAGGCAUGGUUUAGAGAACUGCCGACAAGCGUUCUUGAUUCGUUGUCGCCUGAACAGGUGAUGCAGUGCCAAACAGAAGAGGAAAAUGUUGAGCUCGUUAGGCUUCUUCCACCUACAGAAGCUGCUCUACUUGAUUGGGCCAUCAAUCUAAUGGCAGAUGUUGUUCAGUAUGAACAUCUAAACAAGAUGAAUUCACGCAACAUCGCUAUGGUUUUCGCACCAAAUAUGACACAGAUGGAUGAUCCACUGACAGCACUGAUGUAUGCGGUUCAAGUGAUGAACUUUCUCAAGACACUAAUCGAAAAAACUUUAAGAGAAAGGCAAGACUCAGUGGUCGAGCAAGCUCAUGCAUUCCCUUUAGAACCGUCUGAUGAGAGUGGUCACCAAAGCCCUUCACAAUCUUUGGCUUUUAACACCAGUGAGCAGAGUGAAGAGACGCAAUCAGACAACAUCGAAAAUGCUGAAAAUCAGAGUUCAAGCAGUGAGAUAUCAGACGAAUUAACCCUAGAGAACAAUGCAUGUGAACAGAGAGAAACAGACUUUGGAAAAUACAGAACAGGAAGAUUGAGCGACUCGAGUCAACAGGUGGUGCUGAAUCUAGAUCCUCCAGCUCAGUGGCCAGUGGGCAGAACAAAGGGGUUGACCAACUUGAGCCGUGUAGGAUCGAGGGUAGAGCGUACUGAAGCUUGGCGGUGAAGAAAAAGGAGCAGAGAGCUCCUUGAGGAGACUUAAGCUGUUCUUCGAAAUCAAAUGUUGUUUGAUUCGUUUUGUAUGUGUUAAUGUGGUUCUGUUGGUGUCAUUGUUCUAUAUUUUUUGGUCAAUGUUCUAAAUUGGCUUCUUCUGUGUUAAAACCGUCCAUACCGAUUCUUAACCAAACUUGUAAACCGUAUUGAACCAGUGUCUCUUUCGGGCUUCUCACGAUGAAAUGGUGAAGCAUGUUCUUCCUGUCUACCUUUGGUAUUGGUCGUGAAAGCUACAAAUUUGCAUAUUUGGAACCAAAUAAAGAUGAUAUAUUAAUAUUGUUAUGUAACUAUUUUUUACUUGUUUUGAUACUAGUCACAAAAUUGAAAUAUUGA